UUAUAUAACAAUCUUAACUCAUGACAUCACGAGCUUUGAGGAGAAGACUCCACCAUGGGGAUGUCGAUGGGAAAAGACACGAACAUUUGGAGACAUCAGGGCUAGAUGGUUUGGAUGAACCUUUACUUGGGAAUCAUGAUUAUGAUGAGACAUGCUCAGAGGGAUCCACACUUGCAGAUAUUUGGGACGAUGAACGAAAGAGGGAACACCACCAUUGGACACUUUUAUUUUCCCAGUUAAUUGCACAGUGGGCACAAUGGUUAGCAAAUCUUGUAGUUGGAUCUGGAACGCUUAUUGGACGACUUUUGCCCUUUCCUUCUGCCACUCAAAAUGGACCAACCAAGAAGCUUCUUGUGCCAUCACUUAGUCCUUUACAGGAAGUAAGACUCAAAAGUCUACAACAAAGGCUUCAAGUUCCCUUUGAUGGUUCUCUUUUGGAGCAUCAAGAUGCACUUAAACAACUAUGGAGGUUAGCUUAUCCUGAUAGGGAACUCCCAUCUCUUAAAUCGGAGCUUUGGAAGGAAAUGGGUUGGCAAGGAUCCGAUCCUUCGACAGAUUUCAGGGGUGGCGGUUAUAUAUCAUUGGAGAAUCUUAUCUAUUUUGCUAAGACGUACCCGGAAGCAUUUCAGAGCUUGUUGCACAAACGAGAUGGAAGGAGAGCUGAGUGGGAGUAUCCCUUUGCUGUCGCUGGCAUCAAUAUGUCUUUUACGUUAGUGCAAAUGUUGGAUAUUCAAUCAGGGAAGCCAACUACUAUGGCUGGAAUCCGAUUCUUAGACUUACUAAUCGAAGAUGAAAUGGCGUUUGACAACCUUUACUGCAUUGCUUUCCAAAUGAUGGACGCUCAGUGGCUUGCAAUGCGUGCUUCAUAUAUGGAAUUUAAUGAUGUUCUAAAGUCUACAAGAACACAGCUAGAGCGUGAACUUGAGCUUGAGGAUGUCUCCCAUGUGAAAGAUUUACCGGCAUACAACCUUUUGAAACGAUGAUGUGGGCUAAGUAUAGUUUGUCUCGAAAUUUUAGUUUUCCAUUUCUUCUCUUUUCUUUUUCUUUUUCUUUUUUGAAAUUACAGAAAACUAUCCCAUCUGAGAUAUGUCAUAACUUUAUAAAUUCUCUUCAUUAUAUAUAAAAAAAAAAAGAGAUCAACUAUUGCAACAUA